GAAAAAAAUGUUUUACCAGUUAAAUCUUACCAUGUUCUUUUAAUGAUUCUCCAGGACAACACGAUUUCAUGCUGUUUGACUUUGUUUAUAUGUGGCAGACCCUGCCAUAUUUCUAGCUCUUGGGGCCUUGUUUUUGCUGUGUUUGUGUUUGUUUCAUUACCUCGUUAAUAUUGUAAAUAUUUGAGUUUGAAUUUCGCAUCCUAAACAACAUAGUGCCCCUUUAAGAAAGAAAUCAAUUCUUAGUUAGUUUUAAAUAAAUAGGUUUAUGCGUAUUUCACCCUACAUUUACUAUGAGCACACCUCAUUUAAGCCCUGAUGUUGAAGUUACACCUCAUUAUUUGCAGAGACCACCAGCGAGACAAUCUCAAGAAGCAGCUUCGAGCUGUAAAGUCUGACAGUUUAAGAACCAUUUAUGUUAUCAGGUCAUCUCAGCUUCUUCACUACAGCACUAUACAUGUCACUGGAUACUUUCCACAUUCUGGAUUAUAUGCACCAGUUAAAGUGUCUCCAUGCCUCCUCGUCUCCAGUCGCCCCACCCAGCUGAAGGCGCUCUCUGCCGGUCUUGUCUGUGUGACUCCAGGAAAACACGUCCUGUCAUACAGAUCAGAUUCAGAGACAAGGCUCGAGUCUGAAUCGAGAGAUUUAUUUAUUUAUUUAUUUUUACAUAUAAAUAUAUAUAUAUAUAAAGAUGCUGGCUGAUGAUUCAUUGUGUGUCAGCUGGAGUUUUGAGCUUGUGCAUGUGGACGCUGCUGCUGCGUCGGUGCUGACAGACUGACUGGUGCUGGAUGCUGAGGUGCUGAUGUCGGGCCGAACCUCUCGAACAUCCCCCCGGAUCGUGGAUGGAGACCAGAGCUAAAAUAUCUCAAAGACGAUAAAUCGGGGGGGAAAAAAGAGGAAAAGCAGAGCAGUUUGAUUCAGCGUGGACGCAGAGGAGGGCGGUGUGAGGAGGAGGAGGAGCGGCAGCGAGGCGACAUGUUCUUCUGAGCGGAGAACCGGCGGCUGGCGGGAUGAGGGCGCCGAGGAGACCGAGGCAGACGCGCCUCCUCCCGCGGUUCUGCGUCUGUGGAGUCGGUCUACUCGCAGCCGCCUGGAUCUUCAAUUUCAGUGAUGUUACAGGCUCACAUGGACCCAUUGUGGAUCAGGAAGUCUCCUUAUCUAAACGACAGAUCAUCCAGGAGAAAGAACACAACCAGACUGACAGUAUUUCUACAUCUGCUGUCGGAGAUUUUCCUGAAGACGUCUUUACUCCAGAGCAAAGGAGACACGGAGCGGUACUCCUCCACGUUCUCUGCGCUAUCUACAUGUUUCAUGCGCUGGCCAUCAUUUGUGACGUCUACUUUGUGCCAUCGCUGGAGAAAGUGUCAGAGAAUCUUCAGCUCAGUCAGGAUGUUGCUGGGGCAACCUUCAUGGCAGCUGGGAGCUCCGCCCCCGAGCUCUUCACCUCUUUGAUUGGGGUGUUCAUCACAAAGGGAGACGUGGGCGUGGGAACCAUCGUUGGAUCAGCUGUCUUUAACGUCCUGGUGAUCAUCGGCCUCUGCGGUAUCUUCGCCGGACAGCCCAUCACUCUGAGCUGGUGGCCGUUGUUUCGAGACGCUGUUUUCUACAUCCUGUCCAUAGUGGUGCUCAUCCUGGUGAUCUAUGAUGAAAAAGUCUUGUGGUGGGAGACCAUCAUCCUGAUCUCUAUGUACGGAAUCUACAUAAUAAUAAUGAAGUUCAACAGAUCUCUGCAGAGCCUGGUGGAGAGACACUGCAGCAGGGCAGGUCAACCGUGUUUGAGCAGCCUGCGACGGACGACCGCGGUAGGAAGCAUCGGUGACUGUGACAACGACAUGGUACCGCUGAAGCCAGGUGCAGGAGCUCGCGUUUAUUCAUGUGUGGUGGCCGGCCAGGAUUCAGGGGUGGUGAUGGUGGAUGAGAUGCUGAACACGCACCCCCACCAACUCUCCUUCUCAGAGGCAAGCCUUCGCCUUCUCAUCACCCCGCAUUUUCCCCCCUUCACCCGCCUGCGCAUGGCAGGACGCAUGGUCAUCAACGAGAGGCAGAGGCUGAUUCGGGCUCGAGUCGGCCCGGAGGAGGGGGCGGCUUCAGGGGAGGAAAGUUUGGGUGCUAACGGGGCGUGGGGGAGGGAGAACGGGAUGGUGGCGGAGGGAGAGACGCAGCCACUGGAGGGAGAGAGGGAGAGGGGCAAAGAGAUGGGGGGAGAGACAGGUGAGGGAGCACAGCCUAAGGAGGAAGAGGAGGAGGAUGACGAUCAGGAGGAAGGAGAGGAGGAAAGGUCUCCUUUUAAACCCUUUGUACUGCCAGAUGGCUGGUGCGAUCGUCUGAAAUGGCUGCUCUCUUGGCCCGUGAGCUUCCUGCUUCACUUCACCAUCCCCGACUGUAACCUGCCGCGAUGGGAGCGCUGGUACCUCCUCACCUUCCUGUCCUCCACGCUGUGGAUAGCCCUCUUCUCCUACCUCAUGGUCUGGAUGGUGACUAUAAUCAGCUACACACUUGGAAUCCCAGAAGUCAUCAUGGGAAUCACGUUCCUGGCAGCCGGCACCAGCGUCCCCGACUGUAUGGCCAGCCUCAUCGUCGCCCGACAAGGGAUGGGUGACAUGGCUGUGUCCAACUCUAUUGGCAGUAACAUCUUUGAUGUGCUGCUUGGUCUGGGCUUCCCCUGGGCGCUGAGGACUCUCAUAGUCAGCUAUGGAUCUGUGGUGACAAUCAACAGCAAAGGUCUGGUGUACUCAGUGAUCCUGCUGUUGGCCUCAGUCACACUGACUGUCCUGUGUGUCCAUCUGAACUGCUGGAGGUUGGACCGCAGGCUGGGACUCUGCCUCCUUUUGCUCUACGUCAUCUUCCUCCUCUGCUCCAUCGGCUUUGAGAAGCUGUAGAGGACACGUACACACCCUCCCCACGCACAGAUCCAUCCAGAAAGGACUCACAAACAAGUGUUUUCCACCUUCACUGCUGCCAUUGUCAAUCAAAAGUACGGACAGAAGAAUUUUCAUCUCAUUACGUGGUGGCUGUUCGUGUCCGAGCGGCUGCCUGAAAGCUGCGUUGUUUACCUUUGAUAAACGAGUAUUUUACACAGUUUUGUACCGAGCACCUCUCAACCCAGAUGUUGUGGCAUCAAAGCCAACUGAUAAUGCACUAUGUCUCACAACAAAUUUAUAAAGUGUUGAAUUUGUAUUCUGAAACCAAGAAUAUUGUACAAGGAACCCCAAAGUGUGUUAGCAUACCGACUGAGAUUCAAGGUAAUCAAUCAGGCAACAAGUCGAUUGUUAGUUUAGGACAGUUUCUUCACACGUGUGACAAAGUUCAAAGAAUCCCAACUUUCACACACUUUGUGUGUGUGUGUGUGUGUGUGUGUGUGUGUGUGUGUGUGUGUGUGUGUGAGGGAUGUAUGUGUAUAAAUCCAAGCGAGUGGAGAUGUGCAUGAGAAUAGAGGUUUAUGUCUGUGUGUAGCUCCACAUGAACACUUUGACAGAUUAAAUACAAAACACAGAAGAGUCAUUACAAACCAGCUCACCUACACCUGAAACUUGCUUCACUCCAAAUACUUUUCUAGUUAUGACUUUUUUGGAGUUUGGCCCUCAGAACUAAAUGUCACUACUUUGGUGAUACUUUGUCUGUGCAGACGAAGCCUCACAAAUCGCUUAUUUUUCACUGGAUUGGGUGGAAUUUAGUCCUGGACAUCUAAGAGACCUUAAAAAUAAAGUGUCAGUCCAGUUAAUAACAAUCAGUCCUCACUAGUUUUCACCUUCUUGUGAACAAAGAUUGGUUCUGUGUAGUUAAAUGUAUAAGGAAGGGUUUAAGGAAGGAUUGAUUCAUCGUAUGUGGAAGUGUUAACUUAUUCAUUGCAUUCAUAUCCAAAAUUCAAACAUGUUUCAUCACUCCUUUUUAAUUUAUAAUCUCUCUGUAGAAUAUCUAAAUCUUCACACUUGUCACUGGCUGCAGUAUCACAUUCAGUGGUUCUCCUGGAUGUUCAGGACAAAUUUCAGCUCAAUCCAGUGAAAAAUAAUCAGCUGGAGAGGCUGAGAACAAAACUUCAAACAUUCAUAACUAAGAAAGUAUUUAAAGUGCAGCCACAGGAUUUUUACAAGCAUUACACGUGAAUUCUUUUGAGAAAAUCCACGACAUGAACUGAGAAGUUCUGGAUUCUGGGUGAGACGGCACGGAACGACCCACAGGUCUGUGCAGACGUGCAACAAGACAAAGCUACAUUAUCCUUACGUUAAACCCAGAGUGCUGCCACAUGCUGACUCCUGUUGCUCAUCUCAUACACACAUGAAAAGGAUUCAGCCGCGAGUAAAACCUAUAAAAGUAUAUAUAAAAAGUAGAUGAAAGUUGAUAUGGAAUGAUUAUGUUAAUACAAAAUAUUAAAUGUGAUUUUCUCAGGUCAGCGUACAAAAAAAAAAAAAAACACCUUUUACUUAUUUAAACUUUAUGACUGCCACAAGUAACCUCAAUGAACAGAUGCUCAUACAUGUACGUUUAUAUAGUUGCUUCUCGGUGCGUGCAGUUACUUUCUGUACAGCUCAAUGUGAACUUGUCAUCACGCCUUUGUGUCCGUAGUUGUGAACAGCAAAGCAUGGCUGAUCAUCACGCUCCUGAUAAUUGCACUAAGCCGCUGUUGUCUUGGCCUUGUACAGAACGUAGGCCCCCCUUUCCCUCUCUUUCCAAAAAAGCUUUCUCGUCACAGAGGUGGCGCGAAACGCAAGGUGUUUGUGAAAGUGUCUGGAAAGACUCCUCGAGUGUGUGUUGUUGUUGAGUGCAAUUAAAAUGUUUUGCUCUGUGCGGUU